GAAAAUUCAAAUCCUUAAUUCAACUCUCAACCCUAAUGGAGGACACUAAAAAAUUAUACCGCUCACUCUCCACCGCAACAACAACAACAACCACCACCACCACCACCGCUGAAGAUCCAAUUCUGAAAGACACAACCAAUCUCUGUCAAACCCUAUUCAACCAACUCUACACCAAGUUCCUUGAAUUCUUCUCCCUUCUCCCUCUUCACAAUCAUGAGCCUGAUGAUGAAACUAUGUCCCUUCCGUCUCCGGAUUCACGGCUUUGGCCACUUGUUCAACAUCUUUCUCUCAUUCUUCGCUGCUCUCUAGUUGUUCUCACACUUCCCUAUCCCGAUCAGGCAUUUCUCAUCAAUAAAAUCCACCGCAUUUUUCGCAUCCUCAACUCCUUCACCUCCGUCACUGGAACCACUUUCUUGCUCUUUCACAACUUUCUCUCUGAUCUUGACAUCAAACUAUCUCAUUCUUGCCGUCCUUUUCUUUGUGCCGUGCUUGAGGUAUUUGCUGAUGAACUUUUAAGACAUCAAUCAUUGAGAAGGUAUCUUAUGAGGGCUGAUACAACAUAUUCGAACUGUGAAAAGAUGUUUGUCUGCCGAUCCACCGAUGAUGAUAUUGUCUGUGUCCUGGAGGUGAUAUCUGCACAUUUUAUUCUGUCAGUUUCUAAUGAGAAAGCAUUUGAGAAUUUCAUCAGCAGAUUAUGUUUACAUUGUGAUGAAGAUGUUAGAUUUCCUGAACUUGGACUUGGACCUGCCAUGGCAUUGCUGCUUGACCCUGUCGUGUAUUCUGCACCAAAGAUGUUCCAGGCACAUGUGCUUUCAUUGGUUUCUGAAGCCAUUGAGUCUGGCUUAUCUUCAGAGAAUUUGGAUCCAGAUUUGGGCUUCUACUUGAUGGCAUUUCAAAAAUCUGCGAGCUUGUACUCUAUGCACGUGUCUUGCUUACAAAUGGAUAGUUUUAACAUCGAAUUGAGUUCUGCCUAUAAUGGAUCCCUGUUUGAGAGAGGUCAUCCAACUUUUGAAUCUUAUAUCCAAGGAAGAACAAGUAACAAAUUAAAUCAAGUUUUAUCUCAAUCAAAAAAUUCAUUGGACUCUUAUCAGUGCAAAAUCUCAUCCAAAACAAAAGCUGAUCUUUUGGCCGAGUACAUCGAAUACAUGAAAGCAAGGCAGUGCAUAUUUGCUGAUUCAUGCCACAAUAAGGCUGCCUCAAUCUUAGAUUACAUAAUCAAUCAAACUUUCUCUCAAGAUGCAGCUGGAGAUGAUGUAAAGCAAAAUACUAGUGCUGAAGAUAUUUCUCUUCUUGCAUCCAUAUUGAAGUUAAUGAGUGUUUUGCUGUUAAAAACAAUUAAAUGUCUAAGUAACAGCGGUGAUUCAGUUUGUCUGAAAACCAUGGGAAGUUCCUCCGUGCGUGAUGACUAUGAUUUCUUGAUCAGCAUCAUCGAGCCUUUUCAAGAACUUAAAUUUUGUUUACCCAUUCAGACUUCAUUCUAUGAUAUGAUGAAAAUUCAGCAAUCAAAUUACAAAGUCUCCAAGUCAAUGCUUGUGUACUUUUCAGGCUUGCUAUCUUUAAGUUUUUACAAUGGUUAUGAUGUGUUAGCAAAGGGGUGUAUCUCUGUAAUCAUGGCACUGAUGUCUAUGUUUAUUUUUGAAGAGGGGGAUUUAGUUGAUUUAGGCUCAUCCAGGAGCCUGUCAUUGAAAUCCUGCACAUCAGAAGUUUCGUUGUAUAAGAGUCAAGAGGGGCCUGGAAAUAAACAAAGUAUCUAUAAAGUUGCAGCAGAGUUUCAUAGAAUUCGAACAUGUAAUUUAAGAAUGGAUUCCAUAGUAGCGGAUGGAUCUGAGGAGACCUGUAAAGGGAAAGCGUAUCUUGAUUGCACAUUAACCAAAAGAGAAGCCGAUUAUGAUGAACUUGCAGACUUCAUUGUGUGUAAGAAGGGGAAAGAUUAUUCCAGCUGGUUGAAUAACCGCCUAAAAUUCAGACAACAGAAGUAUCAGAAAGUAAUAGGCUCAAAGGAGUUUAAGAAGGAAAGAGUGUGGAAGUCUUUGAGACUCAGAAAAUUGGUAAGUUAUUUUGAAGCGAAUGUGAUAUGAUUGAUGGGUCUGAUUCACGAUCAGUCCCAUGUAUACAUAGAAGUUAACAUAUAACCAUUUGGGUUGGUAGAAUGUAGAUUCCAUUGUAAAGGAAGAUAUUUCCCUUUCUAGCUUCAUAGAGAAGUACAGAACGUAGCACUAAUUCUUCCACUGUAUAGGAGAAGUGUAGUAGAGGAUGACAGAAUAUAUUUUAACUUAACUUUGCAUGUAAACCCAUAAAUAUGGGGAGAAAGUGGCAGCAUAUAUAUAUUUGAAACGAAAAGCUUAUGAUCUCAA